AUGGUAGGUUUUGAUUUUGAUUAUAUGAGUUCUGUUGUGGUGGUGGUUGAACUGAUGAUAGGUUUUGAUUGUAUAAAUUUUGUGGUAGUUGUUGUAGUGGCUGAACUGGUGGUAGAUUUGGAAAAUCAAGUUGCAGAAGUUAAAGUUCUUCGUCAACGAUUAAGAGACUUUGAAAUUCUAAAAGAUGAGCUACAAAAUGCCAAAAAACAAGUUCGUGAAAAUGAAACUCUUUCCGAGAAUCUGAAAUCUGAAAUAAAUAGACUACAUAUGAAAAACCAAGAUAGUCAACAAGAAAGCAUUUCAAAAUCGGAAGAAAUUAGCCAACUUCUUGUUCGUAUUGAAGAUCUUAAUAGAGAUUUGAAUAGUGCUCGUGAACAAAUAAAGGACAACCAAAAAAAUGCAGUGGAACUUUUACAAGCUCGCACAGAAAUAAAUGAACUGAAAUCUCAAAUGCGUGAAACCGAAGAAAAAAACAGAUUGUUUAUCGAAAAAUUACAAUCGCAAAGCUCCAAAGCUACCUCUUUUGAACCGUUAUCACGGGAGGAGGAAGCCACGUCUAUGAAAAUCGUGUUGGAACACCUAUAA